UCCCGUGUACGCGCGUCGUUAUGGAACUAGCAAAGCAAAACUUUAGGGGGAAUCUUGCUAUGCCUUUUGCUUUGCGCUCCCACUGACUAUUCAUGAACUGUGUUCAUAAUUUGCAUAAUUAAUGUGUGUAGACAAAUAGAGGAGCAUUAAAGUACACUAGAUAUCCGCGGUGCUUUGAUCUUUUACACCGAGAUGAUGGAUUUAACUCAGAGGAAUGCGCGAGGAGAGUUCCAGAUCAGCCGGUCAACUGUGGAAGGCUGUUCGAGCGGAGAGUCUUCACUCUCGAGGAGGAGGAGGCUGUCAGCGGAGGAGGAAAUGUGCGCCGGCAGACCAGCACCCGAAGGCGCGGGAGCCGUGAGCGUCUCUGAGUCAGACCGGGACGAGACUAGGCCAGAUCUGUGCAAGCAGUGUCAGAUGACUGUGGCUGAACUGAGGAGACAAGCCCUCGCUCUGUCCGACCCCGCUUCCUUAAAGGACCCUGGAUUUGCUUCCUUUAUCAUUGACCAGCUGCAAGUGCCCGAUUGGCCGCUGAAAGGAGGACAUGAAGGAAGGAGGUGUCAGGUGUGUGGAACACCUGCACAGCAGCUAAAACAGCAGGCGCUUCAGACUCUCCAAGAACUGUACCCUGGUUCCCACAUGCCAUCCCUGCCUCCCAACACUUUCCCUGGGCAUCACAACGUGGUCACUCUUUCCUCCAGACCUACCAAAUCGAGGAUACCUCACCCGGCGCACAGCGUCCUGCCUGUAGGGGAGCGGCAACGUGAGCUGGGCUGGUCUCAGAGCCCGUCUCCCAGCGCUGGUCCUCUGAAACCCAGCGUGCAGGUGACCAUGGGAGGAAGACCUCUGGCGGGGACCAUCGGCUCAGUCACCAUUCAAGCCCAGCAGUAUUUAGAGGGCAUGUGGAGCAUCUCACGUGUCAAUAACUUCCUGCCUCAGCCAAACCCGUCACAAGGCCUCAUGGGUCAAGCAGAGCCGGGCGAAUGGUCUUCAGACACCACCAUCUCCAGAGUGUCCAUAACUCCCUCUAGACAGAGAAGUCAGGUUCAGGUUGGCCAGGCUGUGCCCUCUUCCUCCGACCAUCCCAGUUCAGCUGCGGCAUCUUUCUUCAUCAGGGCUGCUCAGAAGCUGAAUCUGUCAUCCAAAAGGAAGAAGCAGCAGCCGCCACUGGCAUACCCCCAGGAGCCCUCCAUCUACCCUACUAACUUUAGUGCUGUCCUCCAGUUUUCCCCUCCACCUGCUCCACCAUGUCUGCUCAGGGCGGGGUCAAAGGCCAAGGAGAACCCUGGCAUGGGCAAGGUCAAAGUGAUGAUGCGUAUCUGUCCAUCUCUGGGGGUUGUGGAUUCAUCGGAGUCCAUGUCCUUUCUGAAGGUGGACACUCGUAAGAAACAACUGACCCUCUACGAUCCUUCAGUCAACACACAGCCCACCUCAGUGCAUAGACGCGCAGUGCUGCCCGCCCCAAAGAUGUUUGCCUUCGAUGCUGUUUUUUCCCAAGAUGCCUCUCAAGCUGAAGUUUGCUCAGGGACUGUGGCUGAAGUUAUUCAAUCAGUGGUCAACGGAGCUGAUGGGUGUAUUUUCUGCUUCGGUCAUGUCAAAGUCGGCAAGACAUACACCAUGAUUGGCACAGACAGCUCCAUGCAGGGCCUUGGCAUUGCGCCCUGUGCCAUCUCCUGGCUGUUCAAGCUCAUCAACGAGCGCAAGGAGAAGACGGGCACGCGAUUCUCUGUAAGGGUGUCAGCCGUUGAAAUCUACGGCAAGGACGAGAGCCUGCAGGACCUGCUUUCUGAUGUCCCCACGGGCAGUCUGCAGGACGGCCAGUCGCCUGGGGUCUACCUGCGUGAGGACCCCAUCUGUGGCACACAGCUCCAGAACCAGAGCGAGUUAAGGGCUCCCACUGCGGAGAAGGCCGCCCUGUUUCUUGACGCCGCCAUCGCAGCACGGAGCACUAACCGGCCGGAUGCGGAUGAGGAAGACCGGCGCAACUCGCACAUGCUGUUCACCUUACACAUCUAUCAGUACCGCAUGGAGAAGAGCGGCAAGGGUGGAAUGUCUGGUGGUAGGAGCAGAUUGCAUCUGAUUGACUUGGGAAGCUGCGAGAAGGUGCUUUGUAAGAGUAGGGACGCAGGAGGAGGUCUGUGUCUGUCUCUCACUGCUUUGGGAAAUGUCAUACUGGCUUUGGCCAACGGAGCCAAACACGUUCCAUACAGGGAUAGCAAGCUCACAAUGUUACUGCGAGAUUCCUUGGGGAACAUCAACUGUAGGACAACCAUGAUUGCUCACAUCUCUGACUCCCCUGCCAAUUAUGCUGAGUCUCUUACCACCAUUCAGCUGGCCUCCCGAAUCCAUCGUAUGAGGAAAAAGAAAUCCAAGUAUGCAUCAAGUUCUUCUGGAGGGGAGAGUUCCUGUGAUGAGGGAAGGAUCCGUCGACCACCACAUUUGCGGCCCUUCCAUCCCCGGACUGUGGCCCUUGACCCAGAUCUACCAUCAUUCCUCAGUGAUCCUGACUAUUCUUCAAGCAGCGAGCAAUCAUGCGACACUGUAAUUUAUGUUGGCCCUGGUGGUGCUUCCAUCUCAGAUCGAGAGCUUAGUGACAAUGAAGGACCCCCUGCCUUUGUUCCCAUCAUCCCGUCUCUUAACCGUAAGCAACGAGGGAAAGAAGGGCCAGUCGACCAUGAUCACUUCAAAUGUAACACCUUUGCUGAGCUCCAGGAGCGAUUAGAAUGUAUUGAUGGUAGUGAGGAACCUACAGCCUUUGUUGGAGAAUCUGGAGAAAAUUCUGAAAGCCCUAAAAUGGACCGUAGUGCAACCAAGUUGAAAGAAGGCUCUAGUUGCAUUUCAGUUUCUCCCAAGACUCCUACCAAAGCACUCUCAUCAACACAGGACAGCAUAUCCCAAAAGUCAAUUUAUGUGGCCAAUAAACUGCCCAGCAGUCCAAAACACAAAUUAGAACAUCCCAAAUUGGAAAGUGCCCAAUCAUACAAAGAUCUCAGAGACAUGUCUGAGAGUGUGUGUAGGACAAGUGCAGAUGGUGAAAAGGUGCAAAUGGAUACUGGAUCCCUAUGUUCUCCAGGAAAACCAAUAUUCUCCCAAAACUCAGAGCCUGUGGUUAGGGAAAAGGUUUUUUUCAAUAAAAAGUUACCCAAGCCUGCUCCCCCACCGCCACAACAAAGAGACUACGGCAAGGUCAAUAUUGAGACUGAAGAAAAGUCUGCCACAAGGAUACCACCAAUUGGGAUGAGCCAUCAAAAGAUAGGUGAUUCAAAUGGGAACUCACCUGUCAAAGUCCAUCAUCUUAAUCCUAGGAGUCCUGGAGAAAUGAGGUCCAAUCUUAGGGAGAGGUGCAUGGAGAAGGACAUAUUGAGGACAACUGUAACCCUCAAACAGCCAGUGGAGCUAAACGGAGAGGAUGAGCUUGUAUUCACUCUUGUGGAAGAGUUGUCAAUUGGUAGCAUUGUGGACAAUGGGAGGCCCUCAAGUAUUGUGAGUUUCAAUAGUGAUUGCUCAUUACAGGCCCUUGCCUCAGGGUCACGACCAGUAAGCAUCAUUAGUAGCAUCAAUGAUGAGUUUGAUGCCUAUACAUGCAAUGUUGGUACCUCUGAGGCAAACGUUAAAAUGGUGGCUCCAUUACAGGAUAAAACAUUUGCUUCGCUUGGCAGUCGUGGUUCUUCUAUCACUUCAUGGCUCAGUGAAGUAAGUGUCUGUACUCUGGAGAGUGAAGGUGCCCAAUCAGCAGAUGUAUUUCUCCCUCAAGGUACUCAUACUGGUCUAGAUAGCAGUUUCUACCUUGAUUCGUUAAGCAUGUUCCAAAGCAGCCCUCAAAAGCAACCCAAGAACUCUUUGAAUGACAGUGGCUGUAGCUUCUCAGAUUUGGACAGCGACAGUGCUGUAUCAAGCAAACUUUCACUUAGCAACUGCCCAUCUUCUCCAGAGGCCCCACAACUAUCUGCCAAAAAUUUGCCAAAACUUGCAAAGGCAAAUACCAUUCAUUUAGCUGAUCCCAAGUCCUUUCAAGAAUCUCAAGUUGUCCAGUGUAGUCCUUCCAGGAAAUUAAAACCUACCUCAUCUAUAGCCCAUAGUAGCAGUAUCAGUGGAACCAGCUCCAGUAGCAACUGGAGACGUGAGCCACCUAGGCAAGACUGCAUCCCAGAUGCAUGGCACCGAGUAGAUAGCUCAUUGGAGUCGUCUUUAACUUCUAAUUCAAGUUCUUCGUCCAGACUGGUAAAAAAUGGAAUGAGUGGAAUUCCUGCAAGAAAAGCAGGUACAAGCAGCAGUGUACCUCGAAUGCCCAAAACACUGGGGUCAAACCCGUCCCAAAGGGUGGUGGACGGAUGUGAAAAAACCAGCAACAACAGGAAAAUGGAGUCCCCAAGCAGGAUGCCACAGCUCAGACGAGGUGCAACAACGCUUGGAAUAGUUCCGGUCAUCCAGCCGUCCAUUGAUGUCAAGCUUGCGCAAGAUAUUGUUUCCUCAACAAGCAAUUUGAAGUUCUCCUCAUUAGGAAAAAGUGGAAAAGCAAGCAAGCAAGAGGAGAGCAUGUCAAAACCUGGAAAUGUAUCACCACCUCCACCUCCAGUUCGCAAAUCCAGUUUGGAUCAAAAGAAUCGAAUCGUGUUUCCCUCAAGUGCCUUAAAGUCUGCUUAUGAUGCAGGAAAGUCUUUAGCACCAAGGGCCACAGGUUUAGAGGAUGACAUUGAUAUUUGCUCUAGGGUUGAUUCAAAUAGUUUAAGAGCAUCUAACUUAAAGGCAGAACAUAGUUUGAUAAAAGCAACCUCCAGUCUCAAAUCUAGAGGAGCUAGAAGUGACACAGGACAGCUUUAUGGGAGCCAGAUAUCUCUAGACCGAUGUGACAGUUUAUCCUCUUUGGGGUCUAAACCUGCUCUUAGUCGAGAGAACAGUGGUGCUAGUCUCAAUAGCAAGUCAAGCAAGUCUGUCAGUAGGUUUGGUUCACCUGUUUCCACCUCUUCCCCAAUUGCUACCUCUCCUCCUUCUUGUAUAAACCCAGUAAGCACUGUUAAAAAUGGAAUUGUCAAAGGCAGCCUUAAUGCAAGACCAAUACCUGCUAAUGCCAACAAAGCUCGUACAUUAUCUGCAAACAACUCCAAAGCCCUUAGCUCAUCCACUAAGUCUCUUGUGGCACCUGCAACAAGGAAUGCCAACCUUCCACCUUCAGGAAAGACUGGGUUACCUCGAGCAACAGUAGGAUGCAAUGGUAAAUCCACAAGAGGAACUAUCAUGGGUACCAAGCAAGCAAUGAGGGCAGCAAACAGUCGUGUUAGUGAGUUGGCAUUGGCCAACACUUCUGGGAAACAUACUAGGGGCUCAGGUGAUUCAGACAGUGGCAAUGACAGUGGAGUGAACCUUAACGAUGACAAGCAUACCCCAAUCCCCAUUCUUCCAUCUCCAUAUAGUAAGAUUACAGCCCCAAGAAGACCUCAGCGCUACAGCAGUGGGCAUGGAAGUGAUAACAGUAGUGUGUUAAGUGGGGAGUUGCCUCCUGCUAUGGGACGAACUGCCCUUUUCUACCAUAGUGGAGGGAGCAGUGGAUACGAAAGCAUGAUCCGUGACAGUGAAGCUACUGGUAGUGCUUCUUCAGCCCAUGACUCUAUGAGUGAAAGUGGGAUGUCCUCCUCUGGUCGCACAAGGAUCUCCAAAGCACCCAAGAAGAGGUCAAAUGGCCUCCAGAGGCGGCGCCUCAUCCCAGCUCCCUUACCGGACACCUCUUCCCUGGGGAAGUCUGGGACCACGGGCCAGUGGGUGGACCUUCCCCCUAUGACCGGACCAUUGAAAGAGCCUUUUGAGAUCAAAGUGUAUGAAAUUGAUGACGUGGAGCGGCUUCAGCGUCGAAGACAGGAGAAGACAGAUGAGGGUCUGAUGUAUUUUAACACAAAAUUGAAGGUUCUUGAGAAACGACAGCUGCAAAUCAGAGAUCUCACAGCCAAGCAUAAAACUCUAAAAGAAGAGUUGGAGGACACCAAGUCUAGACUAAUGAUGGAUUCCAGCAAGUGGAUAGGAGAGUUCGAGGUGGAUGAGGAUUUGGAUCAGGAGUCGCAGGAGUACUUCGAGGCAUUGGAGCAGGCUACGGCUGAACUGGAAUACUGCGUCAACCUAUGCAAGUCUCGCGUCAUGAUGGUGACCUGCUUCGAUAUUCGGGUAGCAUCUGACGUGCAGGAAGGACCGCGAGAAGUUGAGGUUUAAGAACGUGACGUGGCGAUCGACGGACAACGAGAAAGAGAUGGAGGAAGACAGGACCCCGGAUGUCUGAAAGGAAGGAUAAAUGAUAAUGAAAUGUAGCAGCCGGUCCAGUGAUUCCGAGAAAACUCAUGGAUCAAUGGAAUAGGUUCAUAAAAAGAUGGAAAACUAAAUUCUGCAUGAAGUAGGAACUUAUUAUCUUCUGGAGAAGACAAAACUGUUCUGGUUAAAUGCAGUGCCUCAUAACAAACACGGAAUAGACUUGCUCAAAACGAAAGCCAACAAGCUUUGAUGCGUUUGACGCAUUUCCUUACCCAAAGGAAAAAGAAGAAUCAUUCUCACUUACCGAAGAGUUAUUCAACCACGCCACAAAGUGCCUUUUUCAUAUGACUGUUUUGUACAUUUGUUGUCAAUCAUUAUUUUUUCUACCGGUGCUAGUGCUAUGACCAGCAUACUCAAGCCGAACCAUAUUUUUUUUUAUUUUAUUGCAUUGUAUAGUGUAUUUAUAUGAACUUACGGUGUGUGAAAUAUCAUUUUGGGUGCAAAAGGAGAGCAAUAAGCUGAACUUCCAUGCUUUGCCUUUGCCUCCUGAACUAUCACCUCUGUCGGCAUAUUGUUAUUAAACCUUUUGAGCCUUAUGUUGUAUUUGUAGUUUCUGUCGGAGUGUUUUUCUAUCUCUCAAAGGUCUUUUUAAGGAACACGGUAUCACUCGGCAAUUGACAGUCAUACUGUAUGUGAUGCAAGCCAGGUUUCAUUUAAGUGUUGUGUUUGGUUUCCUUGGCUCCAAACCUUUCAAACUGUACCGAUAAUGGAUGCAUAUGCACCUUUAACAUAUUUAUUUCCCAGAGAAUCCUAUAGGCGAUUUGAAUUGGUACUACGUUUGCUAAGCCACGUUGAAUGUACAUUAAAGCAUUUUAAUGAACAGCACAAAAAUUCCCAAGAAUUGAAAUCUUUAGCAUUGUUAUUGGUUCUUAUCACAUGCAAGUCAUUGUCACUGUUAUGCCUGCGAUGGAUGCGUGUUCCUAGAGAGGUGCAAUCUAUUAAAAUGCAGAUUGGCCUCUUGUUCUUGUUUACUUUAAAUAGACACUUUGGCAAAGGGCAUUCAUUAGUGUAACCUCACAUGUCUAGCUCGGCCUUUCUCGGGAGACACACUGUGUGCUGCAUUAAAAGAGCUGUGGUUGCGAUUAAAGAGGGGUGAGGUGACAUUUGUGCGGUACAGGAAGGACUCUUUUCCAUAACUUUUCAGAUAACAGCAUCCUAAAAGUAACCAUAAAAAUAUCUGAUGAGAUUUUAAACACUGUGGCCCGCUCAAUAGCAUAUUGGAUGCUAAAAUACACCUUUUUUAUAGACUAAGGGAACGUUGAUGCUGUCAUACAAAUAUUGACUUACAGUCCAUGUCUUCAAUCGUUAAUAAAGUCCGGUUCAUGAUGCAUUGCAGUUUUUUAACUACACUGUGGAUGUAUAUCCAAGCCUUAGACCUAUGCAUCCAUGUAAUCAUGGUCUUGAACAAACAACCUCAGCAACUGCAACAUUAAGCAUUUAGCACAAAUGGCUAGCCUUCACAAGAUCGAUUAUCAAUAUUUUCAGCCCAUUGUGCUGUUUAAUAACUGUAAAAGACCACCUGCAUUUCUCUGAUGUCAAAGACGCCAUUACAGAACUUUGCUGGUAAAAGUGAUUCAGUGUUUUGUAGCUGCCAGAAUGACUUUGCUGUUAUUUGUCUAUCAAAGGCCACGAAUGACCUUUAGAUCUCAUUUGACAUUUAAGAAAAUCAAAACCUUUUCUUGGAUUUAUUUACCUUUAUAAACACUCUCAGGCCCUUUUUCAAGAUGCUGCGUGAGAUUUGUAUUUUUUUCUAGAGUUUAUUCUUCAUCUUUGAAUUUUGUAUUGAUUAUGCUGGCAUUCACUACACUUUAUGAACAUGGGUUUAAAAGACACCAAACUGAAACUUUUUUUUGUGCUUUGUUUUUGAAUGAAAGCUGACAAUGUAUGUUGCGUCAUGUUUCAUAUCAAAUCAUAUUUUCUAACUUUUUGUUUGUUUGUUUUGUAAAGAAUUUUUCUGACCCUCUGUAUAAAUGUAUUAUAUGGCAGCUUGGGAUAACACUGUUUUUCUUGUGAAUAAAAAUGUCCUUCUUA